AUGGCUGGCGAACACAGUGCCAAAAGGCGCCGAAUUGACCGCGACGACAACGAACAUCCGCUUUCAGUACAACCUUUGCGCCAGCGACACGACCGAAUUCGCGAAGAGAGCUACCGACCUCGAGAUCACUCACGCGCUUCCACUGCUCGCGACUUUGGCGGAUCUACCCCAGCGCGGCAACAUGACGACGCUGGAGUUGAUCCUGACAAUGCGGCAGCUUUKGACCGCGACUGGUAUUUGCACGGCGAAGAUGGAGCAGUAUUAGGCGAUGAAUCUCACAACCCGUUUGGUGGGACCGAAGAAACGACAUGGGCAGAUCAGGAGAGAGAGAGGGAUCUGUUGGAGAAGAAGAUGGCGGCGAGGACCAAAGUCAAUGCCAAGUUUCUCCAACGACAAAAGGAUAAUGAUGCGUGGGAGGCCAACCGAAUGGUGGCCAGCAGUGUCGCGCAGACGAGAGACACACUGUACUCUGGCGGACUGGAAGACGACAACGAGGAGACGAGGGUGCAUUUGUUGACGCACGAUCUGAAACCGCCCUUUCUGGAUGGCAAGACGGUCUUUACCAAACAGUUGGRGCCCGUCAGUGCUGUGAAGGAUCCGCAAAGUGACAUGGCCGUCUUUUCAAGGAAGGGAAGUAAGGUAGUCAAGGAGAAGCGACAGCAAAAGGAGAGGCAGAAGCAGGCUCAGGAGGCGACAAGUGUGGCCAACACGGCACUGGGAAAUGUGCUGGGUGUCAAGGAAGAGGAUGCGGACUCUGCUGCGCCGGCCGUUGCGGGACAGCAGGAUGGCGAGAAGAAUGUGAGCAGCAAGUUUGCGCAGCACAUGAAGAAGCAAGAUGCUGGGCAGUCGGAUUUCUCCAGGACAAAAUCGCUUCGCGAGCAGAGGGAAUACCUGCCUGCAUUCGCCGUGAGGGAGGAGCUGUUGCGGGUGGUGAGGGACAAUCAAGUCAUCAUCGUCGUUGGCCAGACUGGAUCGGGAAAGACGACACAGCUUACUCAAUUCUUACACGAAGAUGGAUACGCAAAGAACGGGAUGAUUGGAUGCACACAACCCCGACGUGUGGCAGCCAUGUCCGUUGCAAAACGUGUGAGCGAGGAAAUGGAGGUGCCGCUCGGGGGACUUGUCGGCUAUGCUAUUCGAUUCGAAGAUUGCACUAGCAAGGACACUCAGAUCAAGUAUAUGACGGAUGGUGUACUUCUGAGAGAAUCCCUCACCAAUCCAGAUCUGGACCAAUACAGCUGCAUCAUCAUGGACGAAGCUCACGAGCGUGCUCUCAAUACUGAUGUCUUGAUGGGUCUGAUCAAGAAAGUCCUUACACGACGACGGGAUCUCAAACUCAUCGUCACCUCCGCCACGAUGAACUCCGACCGCUUCGCUCGAUUCUAUGGCGGUGCUCCCGAGUUCUUCAUUCCUGGCCGAACUUUUCCCGUCGACAUUCAAUACUCACGAUCGCCAUGCGAAGAUUAUGUUGAUUCAGCGGUGCGGCAAGUUCUCGCAAUCCACGUCAGCCAACCGACUGGAGAUAUUCUUGUCUUCAUGACUGGGCAGGAAGACAUCGAAGUCACCUGUGAACUGAUUGCAGAACGACUCGCUCAGCUGAACGAUCCUCCCAAGCUCAGCAUUCUACCAAUCUACUCCCAGAUGCCAGCGGAUCUGCAGGCCAAGAUCUUCGACCGUGCGGCGCCGGGCGUUAGAAAGGUCAUUGUGGCAACGAACAUCGCCGAGACGUCGCUCACUGUCGACGGAAUCAUGUAUGUUGUGGAUUGUGGCUUCAGCAAGCUCAAAGUCUACAAUCCACGUAUGGGAAUGGACACUCUCCAGAUCACACCCAUCUCGCAAGCGAACGCCUCCCAACGAGCCGGCCGCGCCGGAAGAACAGGUCCCGGUAAGGCAUUUCAUCUUUACACCGAACGUGCGUUCCGAGAUGAGUUCUACAUUGCCACUAUUCCGGAGAUCCAAAGAACGAAUCUCGCCAACACUGUUCUUUUGCUCAAGUCACUCGGAGUUCGGGACUUGCUGGACUUUGACUUCAUGGACCCGCCUCCCCAGGAUACUAUCACUACAUCUCUCUUCGAUCUUUGGGCGCUGGGCGCCCUGACUAAUCUCGGCGAACUUACAGAACUUGGGAAGCUCAUGACCUCUUUCCCGAUGGAUCCAUCUCUCGCCAAGUUGGUCAUCACUUCUUCAACAACAUACUCUUGCGCGGAAGAGAUGGUCACGAUCGUCAGCAUGCUCYCCGUUCCUUCUGUCUUUUACCGCCCGAAAGAGCGAUUAGAAGAAGCCGACGCCGCCAGGGAGAAGUUUUUCGUCCACGACUCCGAUCAUCUCACUCUCCUCACCGUCUACCAACAAUGGGUCGCGAACGGAUCGAGAGACGGCUGGUGUGUCAAGCAUUUCCUUCACCCGAAAGCUCUCCGAAGAGCGCAAGAGAUCCGACAGCAAAUCACAGACAUCAUGCGUAGUUCCAAGAUGGAAAUCGUCUCAUGCGGAUACGAUCUGGACAUCGUGCGGCAGUGUAUCUGCUCUGGCUUCUACCACCAGGCUGCGAAGAGGAAGGGACUGGGCGAGUACGUCAACCUCCGGACGUCUGUUCUCAUGAAUCUCCACCCCACUUCGGCUUUGUACAACAGCGGCGAUCCUCCCGACUACGUCGUCUACCACGAACUCAUCCUCACCAGCAAAGAAUACAUGRGUGUCGCCACCGCGGUCGACGCUCACUGGCUGGCAGAUAUGGGAGGAGUGUUCUAUUCUGUCAAGGAGCAGGGAUAUUCCGCAAGCAGAGGGAAGAGGGAAGUUGAGUAUUCGAGACGGCUGGAGCUGGAACAGGCUAUUGAUGUUGAUCGGAGGAAUGCAAAAGCACAGGCUGAGGCGGAAGCUGAGAGGGAGCUCUUCAAGAGCGGAACCAGACCGGAAGUGAAGGUAGGAAAGAGCGCCGUGGUCAAGAAGCCUGGUGGCGGUGGGAAAGGGAGUGCAGUUGUCAAGGGCGUCAUUGGUAGGAGGAGAUGA